AUGACAAGUCGGCUCAAGAAAGAAGCUACCAACGGUUCCCUUUCAGCUCUCACUACGCUGUGCGAAAAUGCUACCAAAGAUUCGACCACAUUUCCCAUCAUAAUAAAUGCCAUCCGCCAGCACCUUCUUGCCACGCCCGUUCCCAGGCUGACUCUGAAUUCAUCUCUCACAAAACGUGAUGAUUCUAGUCUGCAUACUAUCCGUUCAUGCUUCCUCUGCCUAAAAACCGCGCUAUCUGACGAUGCACUCAAAAGUGCAUGUAACAUCGCGCUUGUUUCCAGAUUAUGGCCAGAUAUGUGUCGCUGGAUUACGUCCUUCCUUGAUACUCACGUCGUGGACGUUUCGACUUCUUCCCUGGAAACGCUUCUUCAAAAUCAAAAUUUUUUCGACAUGAUCGAUGCUAUAUUGUCUUUAUUGUUAUCGCUCUCGAACGCGUCCCAGGUGCUAACUUGUAUCCUCGAGACUGAGGACUUCAUACGUUCCUUUACCCAUUCCACCGUAUGCCUCAUGGCGGUGACCCAAUACUCCCUGCAACCAAUCACGACGGCACUCCUGGUGCGCUUUUGGAAACCAACCGGUGGCAAGACCCUUCCAGCCAUGGCCGUUGUUCUACACGAGAUGCCCCCACAAAGAAUCAUCGCCUCGCUUCAAGGAGUCGUGCAUAAAAUACAGGAACUGUCCUUCACGCCACCAUCAUUACGCAACUUUGCCCAUACCAUCCAUUUCCUCUGGUUUGUCACCGCAAAGUCAGAGAAAUUCAGUCUGCGGUAUCUCGCUCAACGCUCGAUUCCAUGGAUCUGUCAUCUCUUAUCUCGUAUCAUCGCGAAAGUACGCCAAUUACCUCCCCCGGAGAUCCAUCAAGAUCUCGAAGCGAUAUUCUUUACCUCUAUCAUAUACCUUGUCGAGAUAGGCUUCACCCAAGGCACUAAAUGGCUUUUGCAAGGCUUACAACAUCACAUAUUAGAACUCGCCCUCAAAUCGAUCCCCUUUGCAUCCGAGUCCGGUCCUCUGGCAAAUCCCAGCCGCUCUCCAUCACUCCUUGCCCUUCUCAACCGACUCUGUGAAACGACUUACACUUUCCUAAUGCAGCGCUGCGUCAUUUCGGAAGCUGGAAGGGCGAUGGGAAGGAUAACAAAAGCGGGCUUGGAAGCAAACGUUUCACUCGCGGAUGAUUCUUUUCGUCGGACCUGGACCUUGCUAACAGAUCAAAUUGCUCUACGAUCCAAGUAUCGGUCAGAUUUUAUCGCAGCUGGAUGCGACAACGAUUCUUGUUCUAAUCCCAUGUGCCCACAGCGUCUUACCAACAGGACGAAACCGCUUCAAAUGUGUUCGGGUUGCGAGAAUUAUUUCUACUGUUCCAGGGACUGCCAAAAAUCAAUGUGGCCGAGCCACAAACCUAUCUGUAAAAUUUUACAAGAGGAAACGAAAAAAGGGUUUCUUUUGCACUUCACCGAGCGAGAUAUGCACUUUAUGGGGGAGAUGGCUUCCCAUGAUAUACAUAACAAGACCACACAGCUCAGAGAAGACAAGAAAAGGUUCCUUCGUGCACACCCUGGAGCUGCAGCUUACCCUCUUGUCCUUGCGGUGGACUACUCCUCUGUGCCUAUGACGGUUACGAUUCGCUCGUCGCUGGAUUUCAAAGAUCAUCCAGAACACGGACAGAGGUGGCCGGACUUGAUACGUAGGGUAAAACAAGACCCUAGAAAUGAAAUGGUGUACAUCGAAACACCCCUUAAGACGGACCCCAAGAAUUGGCUGUACACCACGACAUUCCAACUGCCUAUUCUAGGCAUUUAG